ACAGCUGGAAAAGAACACUGAAAACACCAUAGAGUCCUUACAGUUGGAUGCUGCCAGUGAACGUUCAUUAAGAAAACAUGGCUAAUACCACAGAAACCUCUGGAGAGUUAGAGAUUGUCGAUGACAACGCUAUAAUGAAAGCAGAUUUCAUUCAGGAGCUUCUUCCGUCUGCGGAGCGAACAGCUCUCCUUUAUCACCUGACUUUCCUGAGUCUGGGAGGAUUCCCAAAGCUGGAGCGUCUGAUCAGAGAUCAAGCUACUGAAACACAACUGCUGUUCGGAUCCUCUGAAGCCCUUCUGCUGAGGUGUGUCGGCACGAGUUCCAACCUGGUCACCUCCCUGUUUCCAAUGUUGAAAACAGCUGUGGUGAAGAACAAACCCGUUUUGGCGGUGAAGUACCUGAUGAAAGCCAAAGAGUGGAUCACUGACAUCAUAACACAAGUGGAUGACAUUGUGAAGAGGUAUGAUAAACACAACGAAAGUGUGAAAACAUGCACCAGUGACGUGUUUCAAGAACAAGCAAAGACCAAAGAAAAAAUUGAGAAAAAAUCUGAUGAGAUGAAGGGUCUGAAGGAUGCUCUGGCCAAGCUCGAAGUGGAUCUGAAAAUAGUAGUCAAAAAAACAAAGAUGACUGAGAAUCAAAUUAAAAACAACACUGAGGAGCUAAACAGCUUCAUCAGAAGAUUUCAGGAAGAACAUGGCCACUGGACUAAGAAGUUCCUUGACGCUUUUAGAGGCUAUCCAGAUGCUAUGAAGGAGUCUACUGCCAUUGAUCUGGAUAGAAAACUGAAACAACUCGACUCUGAGAAGAGCCUUCUGAAAAAUGAAGAGUGGAACAUCAAAACCGAGCAGCUUGAUCUUCAGCUGAAGCUGGCCAACUGUAAAAUACGGAUGGGUGAGAUUCCCGACCCUGACAACCUGACGGAAGUCCAGAAACAUCUUAAUCAAAUCCAACAAAUUCUGGUUGAUCUGAAAAAGUUUUGGGAGAAGGUGGAUGCUAUUCUGAGCACGCUGAAAGAUAAAACCUUUGUUGGGGAGGAAAUGGUGGACAUGGAGGACAUGAAGGAUGAGUUUAUAAGCUCCAUUGAAGAUGCAGCAAAGUACUGGAAGAAAUUUGGUGUGUGCUGUCAGAAAGCUCAAGGCGUCUUCAGUGUUCAGUCUAGAGAUGCAUAUAAAUUCCUGGAGAUGAAUCCGUCUUCGCUCUCUGAGGAGGAGAGGAAAAAGCAGUACUUGUCUAUCACAGAGAAGCUGAAUAAAAUCAAUCCAAACCCGCCAGCACUGAGUAACACCCAGAUCUGAUGCUUCCUGAAUGCUCCUUACACAAAUCAAUGCAUACAGCUUCUCUUGGCAUUUUCGUAAUGCUUUGUAAUAUCUAGUAAACUGCCUUUGAACAUGUAAAACUACAGUUCCACAUAUACGUGUUCUUUAAUAAGUUGAUGUUAGGAAUAUCAUUUAGAUCAAUUUAUGGCUAUCUCUUUCAAAAUCGCUUUGCAUUUUUAUCAUGCUAUAUACAGAUCUUGCGGUCUGGUCACGUGAUUAAUAUCUAUGUCCCACAAUAAAGACAAAAGACAUGAAACAUUUCAUUGUAGCCAAAUCCUUCAAAAAGCCAUUUCUAAUGCUUUGGUGUACAAUAUAUCAGGGAUCAUUACAGUUAUGUCUAUACUGUUUGCUUGCUUAAAAUAGGGUCUAUCCCCAAACAAAAAGCCUUAGCGUAUUUUAUAACUUCUUUCACAAACUUAAGAAAGUGAUCAUUUAUGCGAAAAUCAGAGAUGAAGAGUAUAAAUGUGAUGUAAUGACUUAAGUUUGCUUUAUUGGAAUUAUGUUUGUUUUCUUGAGUUUCAGUUUGAAUUUUUGAAUUUGAAUCUGUGAGGUUGACUGAGGGUCUGACUUAUGUCAGAAAUGCAAUAACAGUGUUUAUUCGUUUUUGCCCCGGCUUCCAGAGCACAUAUAAUGUUAAGAGUGUAGUGAAAGUAUAACCAGUAGUAAUUAAUUUUUUUUUCUGUUUUAGUGAUCAAUGAAUGGUAAAAAGGGGGAAAUUGUGGUGGAAAAAUUCAUUUACAUUGCUUCUGCAUGUCCAUAUAUGCAUGUGUUUUCUUAGAACUGCUGUGUGGACACAGUGAGAGAUGGGUUUAGGGCCUAAGAGUAAGCUGUAUGGGCAACAGGUGGUCCACGGAGCCGUGUUGGGUGCAGAAGGGAGACACCUGGGAGGAAACAGAUGUCUGAGGAUGACCUGAGUGGUCAUUUGGGGCCAUAGAAAUGGGGGAAACAGAUGCCUGAGGAUGACCUGGGAGGUUAGCUAAGCCCUAAAUAUGGGGGGAACCAACCUUUAGAAGAAUGAUAUAGUAGUGUGUUUAUGAGUUUUCUUUGUUUUUCUAUGGAAAAGUACAGCUGUUAAGAGUUUAUAACCUUGACUGGGGAAAAGAGAUAUAAAGCGGAGGACUGCCCUCCCUUCCUUGUCACACUCUGCAGCGACUUGUGUUUCUGUAUGACUGUCUGACCUUCUUUGCAAAGAAUAAAAGCUUCUUUUAAUUAUAA